AUUUUAAUGCAGUUUUUGUUGUUUGAUUGUUGCGCUGUUCAAUGAGAAAUUUGAAAUUCGUGGUGCUGUUGCUUCUCCCUAUCCUCCUGUCCUCUGUUCUCAUCUCAUCCAAGUCCCCUCCUGUGCAGAUGAUGGCCGCUCUGGUGAAGCCGGGAGUCUUUCGGCAUGUGACAUGCCUCAACAAUAUGUACCCUCGCAGUGGCGUCCUUCGUUUCCCAGUUGCCGAGGAGCAGGUAUUUUGGUCGGAGCCAUAUGUCGAAUACUGCCCGCCCUCGUAUACAGCUCCACAUAUUGGCGGACAGGUGUGGGCCGAUGCGCCGUUACCAAGUGAAACGUUCCAGCCGAAAUGGAACCACAAUGAUGGUCAGGUGAAUCGUGAGUCCUUCCAUGGUGCCUACGAAAUAAAGGACGGCCUGCCGCGCAAUCCAAUCGGACGCACAGGUCUGAGCGGUCGAGGUUCGUUGGGCAGGUGGGGUCCCAAUCAUGCGGCCGAUCCCAUUGUCACCCGCUGGAAGCGCAACUCGAAUGGAGAGAUCGUGGACAAUGCAGCCACCGGAAAGAACAUCCUGCAGAUGGUGGCCAUUCAGCGUUCCGACAACAGGCUGUGGGCCAUUCCGGGUGGCAUGGUGGAUCCCGGCGAGAACGUGAGCGCCACACUCAAGCGAGAGUUUACCGAGGAGGCUCUCAACUUCACCGACAACGCCAACAUGGUGGAGAAAUUCUUUACGGAAGGUGGUGUCCAUAUCUACAGCGGCUAUGUGGACGACUUCCGGAACACCGACAAUGCCUGGAUGGAGACAACGGCUCUGAACUUCCACGACGAGGACGGCAGCCAGGUGGGACAGCUGAAGCUAGUGGCCGGCGACGAUGCUGCCAACGUACGAUGGACCGAUGUGGGCAGCAGUCUCAAGCUGCACGCCAACCAUGCGGACAUUGUCAGGGAAGUGGCCAUCAAGCGGGAUGCGCACUGGUAGAAACCAGUAGAAGAAUACUCUCAGAU